AUUAUAGAUUUUAACCUCAUUCCGAAUGUGUUAUUAAAAUUGGAAAAAUGGCUGGAACAGGUCCGCAAGUUGCAUUAUCUCCACUAGAAUUACUAAAUAAGCGCCCCACUACAGAACGUCCGCUUAUUUCUCAAUAUCUUCACCCCGCUGUAGCUGCAAUUGUAUCAUUGAUUGGUAUGGCAGUGGCUAAUAAGUUUUCUCCAAGACCAGUUUUGAGCGGAAUACAUAGAUAUGCUUUUGCUGGUGUAGGCGGUUUUUUUGUUGGUAAAGUACUGGAUGACUGGAGAGAGAGCUAUUUGGCAGAAAGAGAUGCCAUACUACGUCAUUAUGUAGAGUUGCAUCCUGAAGAUUUCCCACCUUUUGAGCGAAAAAAAUUCAAAGAUGUUUUAGAACCAUGGACCCCUAUCCGUUAAUGUAUGUUCCAUGUGCAACAACUUUAAAAUAAUAUAAAAUAGCGUUUUAGAAUAUAUAAGUAGUUUAUUGUUGGCCUGGUUGUAAAUAAAAUUACCUUAAUAUGGUUUCUGGAAUUAAAACAAACUCUAUAAAUAUGUUUUUAAUUUUUAUUUGUGGGCUUAAAAGUAGAGACUGAGUAAAAUUUCUAAAGGUAUACACUGUGUAAAUAAUUUAAAAUAAUUUUGUCAAUUUUGUACAUUCAUUAUUUGUAAUGAGGACAACUCAUUUAAGUUAACAAUCAAUAAACACAUUUUAACUGUA